AUGCAGUGGAGCGUCGAGCUCGUUGCAAAAGACGAGGAUGGCUUAGCAUUCUACCUGACGCAAUACAAGGCGUUCAGGUUGCUCUCGUUGCAGGUAGAUGCCUCGUCAUUCGGCUCAACGUACGAGAGAGAAAUCACCUUCGAUGACGAGAAAUGGCGGGACCGACUUCUCGACCCGGCGGCUAGGACCUUCACGGCCGUCCGCUCCGGCAGCCGCGACAUUUUGUCCUCAAUGACCAUUCGCGACAAUCUACCAGUUCCAGCAAAACUAGCCGCCCGGUAUCCAGGACCCCUUGUGCGCUGGCACGUCACAGGCGUCUUCACCCUGCCUGAAGCGCGGCGGCAGGGCAUUGCGAACGCCGUCAUGACGGCAGGGACGCAGUUCGCCGUGCACGCCGCGGCAGCACAGGGCAAGGACUGCUUGCUCACUGUGGACGUCUACACUGACAAUGCAAGUGCAAAGUUGCACUACGAGAAGGCCGGCUUUGCGGUGUUCAGCGAGGGGCAAGACAAUGGCCGUCCGACAGCUGAGCUCGCGCUGUUCGUGUCAACGCGGUCUGGCGUUAAUUGA